CUCUGGGAAAACAGUGUUUUUUUAAUACCCAUUUUGUUUAAUUCUGUCAUUUUCAUUAGUGUGAAUCAAUGCCGGAGGUGGGAUUCUCUUAAUUGUAUUUUUUUUCCGAGUAAUAGGCUCACGGGACUUCCAUGCUGAAUCGUUGCAGCAGGAAAGGGAAGCUAGGACAAUACUGAGAUUUCUUAGGGAACAAAUGGACGGUGUUGAUAGGGAAAGGAGGAGGUGGAGGAGUUUUAAGGAACGGCUGGGAUUUAAAGUCAUGGGCUGCUGUGGGACCACAUGGGGAUUCGGAUCAAUGAAUACGAGCGUCAGAGACGGAGACGGAGACGGUGUGGUUGAAGUUGAAGAACGAGUGGACCCAAGUCGUAAUCCGGAUCCAGGUUGCAUUAACCCAGCUCCAGUUUCGUCAGGCAUGAACCUGGCCGAAGCGUUAGCGGCGGAGCGACAUUUUCGGGCAGCGCCGGAACCAGAGAGAGAUAGCGCGGGGAUUAAGUCCCCCGGGACGCCGCUCAGGGUGUCGUUGAUGAGGCUGUUGGAGGAGGAGGAGGUGGAAGAAAGCGGCACGGAGAUGGGGAGUGAUUCGAUGUGCUGCGUGUGUAUGGGGAGGAAGAAAGGAGCGGCGUUCAUCCCAUGUGGACACACUUUUUGCAGGAUGUGUUCGAGGGAACUGUGGUUGAAUCGAGGGUGCUGUCCCCUCUGCAGCCGUUCAAUCCUCGAGAUUCUUGACAUUUUCUAAGGAUCAAUUAGUUUUCCCCAUUACGAUGAC